AUGGGGGAUGAGACUGCUGGAGGCUCCGUGGCUGCUCAAGUGGAGGUGCAAAUGGCUCUCAUGGCGGAGACCAUUUCCCAGCUGAGGGGCGACAACCUGAGACUGCAGGAAGAGCUGGCUGGUCGCCAGCAAGCUGCAGCUGCACAGGCCCCUGCAGAGACGCUUGCUCCCGCACCGGUGGUUCAAAGGGCUGGGGAUCUUCCGAGGAUGCCCAAGCCCAAGGCCUACGUCGGUUCACAGCUUCCAGGGGCUGUGGACAAUUUUAUUUUUGCUUGCACACAACUGAGCGUGACCGACUCCGCAAGCUCGGGGGCUGCUUCCGUUGUCGCCAGCUGGGGCACAUUGCACCAAACUGCCCCAACUACCCACCAGACUCCAGCAGGCCGGCACAGAGGCCCCGAGUUAACCAAGUCGAGCAGCAACCCUGUCGUUCCUAACGUUACACCUGACGGUACCAACCUCGCACCUGAAGCCGAGCGAUGCGACACCCUGCGCAAGGAGUACGCUGACGUCUUCCCCGAAGAUCUUCCGAGCGAACUCCCACCGGACCGGGGCAUGCUAUUCAAGAUCGAGCUUCUGCCGGGGGCCACUCCCGUCAACCGCCCUAUCUACCGGUUGUCCCCUGCAGAGCUCGAAGAGCUGCGCCGCACACUCGACGACCUCCUGGCCAAGGGGUUCAUUCGCCCCAGCUCCUCCCCGUGGGGCGCCCCGGUCCUGUUCGCCCCCAAGAAGGACGGGGGUCUGCGCUUCUGCAUCGACUACCGGGGUUUGAACAAGCAAACC